AUGCACGAAGCUCUAGAUGGUUUGUUGCAAGCAGCAAUCUUCCGCAAACUUGCGGGUCAAGCGCAUGAACUGAAGUUGAUCCAAGAAGCUUUGAUCUUACUAGAGCGAGAGAGGCAGCAACAAGAUAUCAGAGAUGCGAAGAUGAGAGAAGAGAGUCUCAAGAAGUUGAUUGGUUGUCUGAGUGAAAUUUCUUUCCAAAUGUCACAAUCGCUGUCGGAAAGUGAUGUCUCGGAGAAGAGGAACGAAGAGAAAAGCAAGCUGGUCAAGAACAAGAUUGAAGAGCUGAGGAUUCGAGAAGAAGUGCAUCGAGAGUACGAAGACAAGAUGAAAAGUUUUGUGGAGGAGAAAGAGAAGGAGCUGGAAGAGAGAAUGAAAAUGUUGAAGGUGGAGAAGGACAGGGAAGUAGAGGAACAGGUUAAGAACGUGAUGCAAGAGAAUGAGUUGUUGAGGACGAGGUUGAAGAUUGAACAGUUCCAGAAUCAAAUCCUGCAAGUGAACCUCACAAGAUCGGAUCAAGUCAGAACAGCUCAAUUCCACGAGUUACAACGACAAGGAGAAUUGAGACAAAGAAGGAGCGAUGAUAUCGACAAACAUGACAAUGGCGAUAACGCUUCAACUGCAUUGAAUGAUUCCGAAUACCCUAUCUCACUUGACGCAAGCUUGUCAAACCUGAACUCAGGUGAAUUGUUUUCUUCUUUCGACAUUCCUCUACCUGUAGCUCCUUUCCCAACUCCAGCCAAGAGGCCUUGA